CGGCAGAGCCACGGUGUCCCCUCAUCGGAAGGUGACAGGGCUCGAGAGACAGUCCUCACCCCCCGCCUUCGGGGCAGGUCGCAGGGACUUAAGGGAGCGUCUUCCUGAAGAUGUCAACUUGUGAAUAUUUUCCGUGGCGUCGGGUCUUCAACAUUAAGGAGGAACAAGUCCGAUGAAUGAACGGCUGGUUAAUAGUGUGGUUCGGUUCGGUUUGGUUUGGUUAGGUUAUAGACGGAAAGGAGAUGUGAUCGAACGUUUCCAGAGUUCACAUUGUUGCGAAGUGGCGUUUUAGAUUCUGACUUCCAAUGCACGGUAGACGGGAUAGUUAGGUAAUGAGAGGGUUGAGGUCCCUUCCCCAGUCUUGAAGCCAUAGAUCAGGACAUUUCUUUGGAGAGCCUCCAUGCUUAAAAGGCAGAGCAGAGGAUCUUCCAAGCAGUGUUUUUAGGUCUAGACUGAUGGCUGCAAUCCUGCCCCAUCUCCAAGACCAGGAUGUGGAAGCUGUAUUCGUGACAGCUGGGUGGAAGGAGUCGCUGUCAUUUGAGGAUGUGGCUGUGUACUUCACUAGAGAAGAGUGGGACAAACUUGACUGGGCUCAGAAGGACCUCUACAGAGACAUGAUGCUGGAGAAUUACAGGAACAUGAUCCUGCUGGGAUUUCAGUUUCCCAAACCUGAGGUGAUCUGCCUGCUGGAGCAGUGGGAAGAGCCAUGGAUCCUGGAUCUACCAAGAACUGGGACUAGGAAGGCUUCCAGUAGUGCUUGCCCAGGUUCUGAAGCCAGAUGGAAGAUGAAAAAGCCAACUCCAGGGCAGAAGAUCUUUAAAGAUUUAGAGUCGUGUAAGACAUCGGCAGUAAAGCAGCAAACAGCCAAGGGAUCUUCAGAAAAGUUACGUAAAUGUAACGAAUUGGUGGACAUUUACAGACUUGCCUUUCCCACUAUUGGUGAUGAAUGCAGUAAGAACUUCCUUCAAAACCUUCACCUUAUUCAAGAUCAGAAUGCUCAAACAGGGAGGAGGCGUGGCCAUUGUGAUGAGUAUGGAAAGCCUUUCAGUCAGAGAUCACUGUUUUUGCAGCAUAAGCAAAUCUCUCCAAACGCAAAAUCUUACAAAUGCAGUGAAUGUGGAAGAGUCUUCAGACGUCAGGCAAAUUUUGUUCGACAUCAUAGAAUUCACACAUCAGAGGACCCCUUUGAAUGCGACAUAUGUGGGCAAGCCUUCAAACAGAAGUCCACUCUUGCUGUCCAUAAACAGUGUCACCUGCAGAAAAAGCCAUAUAAAUGUCAUGACUGUGGAAAAUGUUUCCGUCAGAUGGCAUAUCUUAUUGAACAUAAGAGGAUCCAUACCAAAGAAAAACCCUAUAAAUGUAGUGAGUGUGAAAGAACAUUUAGUCAGAAUUCAACCCUUAUUCGACAUCAGCUAAUCCAUAGUGGAGAAAAACCCCACAAAUGUGUCGAGUGUGGAAAAGCCUUUGGUCGGCAUUCGACCCUUAUGAGCCAUCAACAGAUUCACACUAAACAGAACACUCAUAAAUGCAGUGAAUGCGGGGAAUGCUUCAGUCGGAAUGUAGACCUCAUUCAGCAUCAAAGAACCCAUACCAAGGAGGAAUUCUUUGAAUGUAGAGAAUGUGGAAAAACUUUUAGUUUUAAGGCAAAUCUUCAUCGCCAUGAGGUCAUUCAUACUGGAGAGAGACCUUACAGAUGUGAGAAAUGUGGAAAAUCUUUUAUCUGGCGCACAAGCUUUAUUAAGCAUCAGGGUACUCACAGAGAACAGGUAUCUGUGUGAUACUAACUGGAAAAAGACCAUUUAAAGACCAGAACUGGGACACCUGGCUGGCUGUUGGUGGAGCCUAUAACUCUUGAUCUCAGGGUUGUGAGUUUGAGCCCCACGUUGGGUGUAGAGAUUACUUAAAAUCUUAAAAAAAAAUAAAAUAAAUGAAGACAAGAACUUACCACUAGUGUAGUUAUGUGUAAUUACAUUGUUUUAAGACAAUUACUAACAGGAACUGAAAUGGUUUUGCUUUGGGGGCCCUCUUUCUGCAGCUAACCUUCUUGCUAUAGUUAAGAAUUACUUAAUAGAGGGGCGCCUGGGUGGCUCCGUUGGUUGAGUGA